GUUUCUUGGGAAACUUACCCCCCUGAUUAAAGUUUGUUGACCAUGUUGAUUCCUACACCAUACCGGUGUUUUCCCUUUGCGUGACCUUCGUGGAGGGUCUGGCGUGACGGACGUCAAAUGAACAUUUUUCCAGGCUCUCGUGAGGAAGUUGAACGCCUGUGGAAAAUUGACCUUGAAAUUUAUAUUGCAUUAGAAAUUUCCAACAUUAGAAUGACUCGUGCACAUAUGCUCUACGACAACAGACCGUUGGAAUCGAUUCCUGUUACUCCAAUUAGAUGGGAAAAACGUUGGGAACCGGAAGAGUUAUUUCGCUGGCAAAGGACUGGCGGCAUUAUAGUAGAGGGUAAGGUAUAUGGCCGACUAAGAUUUACCGUAUCAGAUCCCUUCUCGGGUUCUCAGAAGUGGCGCUAUGUAGUGCUACAUAUAGAGAUCUCAAAAGCCCUGAAGAGGAAGUUUGAUUCCCUCAGCGGGAAGGAAAUUGACCCUAACUAUGGAAAGGACAAGAAAGUUAGCACUGGUUAUCUAAUGUCUUCUUACAAGACAUCUGCUUCCACAGAUUCUGAUAAAAUUGAUGCAGCUGAGGCAAAAAGAAUGAUAACAGUGACAGAGUUGACCAGACUGACUGAAAACAAACUUCCAGAGACUGGAAAUGUGAUCAGUCAAGCAUUCUGGUGUGCAGAGGAAGACAUUGAGAAAAUGGAACUACUUCAAGGGGAUCCCGUCAGAUUAAAGACUAGAGGAGAAGGUCCAUUCAUCGAGUUUAUAGUCAAACUUGACAAUGCAGGUAGCGCAACAGCUGCAAAUUACACUGGAGGUGAAGGAGCAGGCAGCUCCUGGACAGACAAGGUGAUGUCUUUCAAAGGACAGCAAGAUGUUCCACAAGAUGAAGGAGAUGGUGCUGAGGAUGAUGAGUGGGAUGACUGAGUGUUACUGAGAUGGAUCAAUACUACAUUGUAAGUCAUGUUAGCCAUGAUAGGUUACUACAGUUAUUGCAGGUACUGUCAGCUACCUGCUUUUUUUUGCAUCAGAUGAAGAUAUCACAGAGAUGAGGUACUUCAAGAAAACCCUGGUGCAAAUUUGUUUAAAGGGUGUUGAUGGUUGGAUGAAACACCAAGAAAAUAAACACUAAACUACUAUAUAAACCCUUUGGAUCGGAUCUAAACCUAAACUUAUCUUGAAAUCCUUCUGAAUGGCUAUGGAACUCGAGAGAACCAUGAAAACACUCUGCUACUGAAUUAUACAACACUUUACAAUAAGUACUAAUUACAGAUGAAGCUAUUUUGGCAAAGAAUGUCACUGGGUUGCAUAUGUUAUUGAACAACAACAAAAAUUAUUAUGUAAGUGUCAUUGUUCUAUUUUUUUACAAGUUCUUGAUCACCUUCCUCACAGUCCUUUUUUGUAGUCAAAGUCUUUUAAACACAUGAUGAUGAAACUAGAUGUAUUUUGAAUUAAUUGGUUGUAUUUUACAGAUU